AUGGGGUUCUCAAAGUUGUUGUUUGCCGGGCUGCCGCUUUUGGCGCAAGCCCAACAGCGCGGGACUGGUGCGGGCGAAGUUAUCGUCGGAACGAAAGACAACUUUGACGAAAUUCUUUCCGCAAAUCCCGGGGGUACUUAUGAGUUAUCUCUAAACAGUUACAGGUGCUUCGUAAACCUCAUCUCUAGGUGGUCCCUUCUCCUUUUUUGUAUACAUUUGAGCAACCCCUGUUCGCGGGCAUUCUCUAUCUUCAUCGAUUGUGAAUAAACUUACCCCUCAGGCGCCCUCGUCGAGUUCUACGCACCGUGGUGUGGGCAUUGUAAGAAGCUUGAGCCGGAAUAUAACAAGGCUGCGACCAUGCUCAACGAUGAAGACAUCAAAAUUCCCCUCGUCAAAGUGGACGCGACAAUCGAGUCAAAGCUUUGUACUUAGUGUUGUUGUCACUCCAUACAUCAGUUGCAUGGACUAAAUGUCAGCUCCUGUUCCCGACUCCCAUUGACGUUCCCUAGGUCUGUUUGUAGCUGUACAUUCGCCGAGACGUUGGAAACGAACGAGCGCUAUUCACGAACACUAGCAUUCGAUGAGUGCGAGGUGAGUCGAACUCCUCUAAGCUUUUCAAUCGAACUUCACGUCCCAUAUAUCUACUCUUUUUCAUCUCAACAGCCGGCGAUCACGGCGUCCAGGGAUACCCGACUUUGAAAUGGUUCGUCGGUGGCAAGCCGACUGAGUACGAUGGUCCUCGGGACGCCAGCGGAAUCGUUGCGUGGAUUAAGUCUAUGUCCGGCCCGGCUGUUGUUGACGGUGAGCCGAAAGACGAUGACAAGCUGUCCGUCACCUGGUAUGGUGCCGACAAGGACACCUUCGAAGAAAUUGCUAGCGCCAACAGAAAGAAGGCCAGCUGGUACUUCGCAUUAGCAGUUUUCCUAGAACUUUCAGCUGCAUCCCGACGUACAAUUGAAUUUAAAUGAUGUUUCAAAGAUAAGGCAACUAAAGAGCAAGAGCAACACUGGCGUUCUGAAGGGUAUGACUUUGUUUUGGACUGGGGAUUAUGCUCUCUUCAUUGAAAAUAAGGUACUUUGUCAAGGGAUCUACCCCGAAGAUGGUUGUGAAGCAUGUUGGUGAAGAUGCCAUUGAGCUGACUCCAUCGACCAAGGACGAGAUUGAAACAGCCUUCACCGAGAACGCUUUCCCGCUUUACGGCGCUCUCGACGGUGAGACAUUCGGCGCCUUCAUGGAGCGAGGAGCUGGUACCUAGUACCGUGAUGAAUUUUUCCAUUAAUUCGUAGGGAACCAUGAUGUCUUUAGCUUUUGGAAGACGGGUGUCCCGUUCUGUAUUUCUCAAGCAAAACCCUCGCGGAUGCAGAUAAGAAAAAAGUAUUUCCUUGACUACACUAGCAGUAUCGCAUCGACAAUGAAUCCGUAAAAUACUACAUCAGGCAUGAUUUGGAACUUGAUGGAGAUGACGAAGGACAACGUGAAGGAGGUUGUCGACGCCAGCCGACCGAUGAUGACUGCCGUUGCCAAGAAGCUGGGCACGGAUUUCAGCGUCACAUGGACCAACACAGAGGAAUUCAAGAAAGUCCUGGAAAACAUGUUCGGUGUGACUGAGUUCCCGAAGCUCAUCGUGCAAUUGAAGGUACUAACGUGUCAAUUCGAAUUGUACGGGCACAUCCUAGGCCAUGAGUUAUCACUUUUUUUUUCUUCGCAGGUUGAAUGCGAUUUGCGUAUGGCUAUUUGUUUUUUUUUCACCCUAACUACUUCCGCUCCAGUACGCUUCGGCGUAAAAACAAGGCGGAGAGCACUUUGUACUUUUGAACGCGUCGCGCUUCGCAGUUUUAGCAAUAAUUUUUCAUGUUUCUCUUUGGCUUUCCAUGUCGUGUAAUGAAUCAAUAUCAAUCUGCUUGCUCUUACUCCAGGCUGGUGACAAGAAGAACUUCAUCUACGAUGGUGAGAUGACGGAAGAGGCCAUCCUCGACUAUGUCUCCAAGGCCAAGAGCGGAGAAAUCCAGCCGCACCUGAAAUCCGAGCCGGCACCGGAAGAGCCGCAGGAAGAGCCGGUGAAGGUCGUCGUUGGAAAGAAUUUGGAGAAGUUGGUAUAGGAUAAAACUCAGUUAUUGAUGACUUGGUUUUCGGAAGCUGAGUUAGAGUCGCAAGCUGUGAACGCUUAGUUUUUUAGCCCGAUCAUUGGGUGAGCGUUUGGCCCUAUCGAUUUUCCGUGUAUCUUUGUGAGAUGUGCUGGUUUGUAGCUUGAGUUCUUGACGGUUAAUGGUCAUAUCCUAUGAACCGCCUCAGGUUUUCACCGAGGACAAGGAUGUCCUGCUGGAAGUGUACGCCCCUUGGUGCGGACACUGCAAGAAGCUUGAGCCAGAGUACAACAAGGUUGGCAAGAAGGUCAAGAAGGAGGGCUUCGAGGAUAUCAUCACCAUCGCCAAGAUGGACGGUACGGCCAAUGACUCCCCGGUUGACUCCAUCAGCUGGUCCGGUUUUCCAACCAUGUACUACAUCAAGGCUGGUGAGAAGACCCCGAUGAAGUACGAUGGUGGCCGCGAUGCGAAGGGAAUCUGGAAGUGGAUCAAGAAGAACCACUCCAAGGCUGACAUGAUCAAAGAGAAACUCGCCGCCAAGGCGGAGAAGAAGGAGAAGAAGGAAGAGUUGUGAGUUGUGAGUCGCAUAUCACAUGCUGGAGGUUUAGAAGGAUUAUCACUGCCACCAGUUCUUCAAUUUUGGGAACCCCAAAGAAAUCAUCCAUAAUAGCUCCCCCGUUUAAGUACGUCUUCUCUUCCAGGUAUGUUUCUGUUUGACAAAGUUUUGUUUAAGCUCUUCGUUGUAGAAUUACAUCAAACUCAUGAUUCAAAGAAUAUGCUGUUGGGUAUAAGGUCGAACACGGUACAUGCUCGCACGCUCCCAUACACUGAUGUUGAUGUACGUAUCCCCUUCGUCAAUUACAUAUCCAUUUAUUCAAUCGUUGUCAAGACACACUGUCUCAUGUAGAUUUACUGAAUACUGUGAAUGUCAUAGAUAUAGAAUGCGUACAAUCAUAUUUUAAGCGGUAUCUCCGUUUGGGCGUUGCAACGUAUGUGGAACGUCCAGCGUUGUGCGCUAUACUUGUGGAGAAGAGUUGUAAUCGUUUGGAUGGAUCAUCUUGUCACCGCACCUUAGAUGCGUCAUCAUGGAAGAUGGACCGUCAGCUUUCGUGCGGCCCAUAUUGCAGAGACAGACUUUGAAAUCCAUCUGAUUUUCAACACGAGAAGAGAAACAAGAAGGUUGUAGGCGGAAUGCUUACUCCUGCGUGAGUCCGAGACCGUCCGGCGCAGUGAUGUUGUGUGUCGUUGCUGGAGUGUUGCGCAAAAUUGUCCAGGCUUUCCAG